AUGGCUCAGUCAUUGGCUCUGAGCCUCCUUGUCCUGGUCCUGGCCUUCUGCAUCCCCUGGACCCAAGGCAGUGAUGGAGGGGCGCAGGAUUGUUGCCUCAAGUACAGCCUAAGGAAGAUUCCCGCCCAGGUUGUCCGCAGCUACCGGAAGCAGGAGCCAAGCAGGGGCUGCCCCAUCUCAGCUAUCCUGUUCUCACCUCGGAAGCGCUCUCAGCCAGAGCUAUGCGCAGACCCUAAAGAGACCUGGGUGCAGCAGCUGAUGCAGCGUCUGGACAAGCCACCAGCCCCACGGAAACAAGUCCAGGGCUGUAAGAGGGACAAAGGAGCCCCCAAGUCUGGCAAGAAGGGAAAGGGCUCCAAAGGCUGUAAGAGGACUGAACAGCCACAGACCCCAAAAGGGUCAUAG